UGGGUCUCGAUUGGCUGCGGUUGUGGGGACUAUAAGAGUGUGCGCCUAGCACCGGGCGGCACCCAUUCGCUCCAGACCAGCGCGCAGAAUGGCUCGCUCCGUGGUCGUGGUCUUUCUGAUACUUGGCUCCCUAGCCUGCUUGGAUGCCAUCCAGCGUCCCCCACAAGUGCAAGUGUACACACGGCACCCAGUAGAGAACGGGAAACAAAACUACCUGAACUGCUACGUGUCACAGUUUCACCCACCCCAAAUUGAAAUUGAGCUGCUGAAGAACGGGGAGAAGAUGGACAAGGUUGAGCUGUCGGAUCUGUCCUUCAACAAGGACUGGUCUUUCUAUCUCCUGGCUCACGCUGAGUUCGUACCCAAUUCAAAAGACAAAUAUGCCUGCAGAGUUAGACACACCACUCUGAAGGAACCCAAGGUCAUCAACUGGGAUCCAGACAUGUAAUCAAGCAUCAUGGAGAUCUGAAGAUGCUUCAUUUGGACCAGUUUAAUUCUAAUGUAUUUCUCAGUUUUUAAUAUGCUGUACAAUGUAUGCACACAGUGGGAAUAAUAAUGACACAUUAUCUUUAUAACUUACUUUGAACUCUGCAUGUUUUCCAAAAAAUUGAAAACUAACAUCUUAGAUAUCUGAAAUAUAAAGCAUCAAUGAGUAUUUUCAUCAGAAAUAAACCAUUUUGAUAAUUUUAAAGAAAAAUAUCUGCUAGUAAAUAUAUUUAAAAACAAUAGUUGAUCAUAUAUCAAACCUUUUGUACAUCUUAUUAGUUGGAUACAAUUAUUCAUCCUUGGUCUAUCACAACAUAAAUCAGUUUUUAAAAAUCUAAGAAAUCUGAGAUGUUUUCCUUUUGAUAAACACACAGACCUGACUGAAGUCUGCCGUUGUGUUUAGCCAUCCUCUCCCGCAACCCCAUGGGUUACUUCCUCUUUGUUAUUUUUACUUCAAAAUAAAGGAGAAAAAAAAAAAACUUUUGCUAGACAUUGUUAGAGUAUUAAGUGGAGUGGUUUCUAGGUAGCCUUAAAUGUCUGCUGUGUGUAUGUGGCGUUUAUCACCUGGAGAGCCAGCGAGUGUCUGAAGAGGCCUCACAGAAGCAGCCUGAACUAGGGUCUAGAGGAACAUAGCUAAGAAAAGACUCCAAAGCAAAGCAAUAGGAGAGGUUGGUGACAGGGACUAGGAAGAAACUGAGGGGAGUAGGGAUUUCAGAAGUGCUGCUCUCACAGGGAGCUCUAGAGCGAAAACCACACCUUAAAGUUUGUCUUGGCAAUGUGGACUAGCCUUUGCUGGUUCUACAGGGCUAUGUGAUAGGACAAAAGCCCAGAUGUGUUGGUGUGCAGGUACUGGCAUGCAGAAACCGAAGACUGGCUCCUACUGCCGGAUGUAGGCGUGGCAUCAGCGGCUGCUGGUUUCCUGUGAAACUCUGUUGGCCCUUCAGCACAGUCUGAAAGUCGCACUUCCUUCACUUAGACAUCACAAGACUUCAGUGGCAGCCUGGGAACUCAGCUGAAGGAAAGGAGAUUGGGCUAGCACUUCCAAAGUUCAGUUUCUAAGGGCUAAUGCUAAAGUGAGGCUAAUCAAUUUAGAACUACGUUUGAAUCCUAAUACAAAAGUUACUAUGAAAUUCUGAGACAGUUUAGCUGUAUCCCCCCCCCCCCCCCCGCCCCAAAAGUCCCUUUGUGGCUGGCCCUUUAAGAGGUGGGGUCUAGUGGGAGGUCCUGUGGUGCUCCCAGAGGGCGGAGAUCUUUCUGAGCUCUGAAAAGGCUGUUAGAAGGCAGCAAACCUGGCCCCCUCUGUCCCUUUGGCUGGUCUGACGUGUAAUCACUUGCUCACUCCCAUUUUUCCCAUUGCUGUUGGUAUGAAGGAGGAGGAACCUUUGGCAUAGAGUCUGUACUAAUCGUUUAAUUUUGAAAUUUCAAAACUGUAAGUUAAAUAAAUCUUAUCAAAUA